CCGGUGGUGAAAAUUUUCAAUCUUACUUCGCUGUAGAAUUUUGUAUUUCUUACUAUUUUUAGUUAUAGUUUCGUAGGAUUUUCUGGUCGAGUGGGCGAGUAUGUCGUUCCUCUUCGGGAACGCCUUCAAGGGAGCUCCCCAAGAUGGAGCAGCAAUGCCGGGAGGGCCUCCUCCCGCAGCUGGAGAUGAUGCAAACAAACCACAGCCUCCAAAAAAACAGGAAAUUCCUGGAGUGCCUGGAUCUUUCGCCAACUUCGAUCCCAGUGGCUUGGAGCGUGCUGCCAAAGCAAUGAAGGAGCUAAAUCAGUCCAAGCAUGCACAACAGGCACUGGAUAUUUCGAAGAAGCAAGAGGAUACGCGGCAACUGGAGUUCCAAGCCCAGAUCAAGGAGUACGAGGCUCAUACGGAGCAGAUUAAAUUGCGCCGAGUGGGUGAAGAGCAAGAACAACACAGAAAGACCCUGCAGGCAGAGUCUGAAGAGUUCAAGAAGCGGUCACAAUAUGAAGAUCAGCUGGCACGGCGACGUUACGAUGACCAGCUUGCACAGCAGAAUCGGGCUAAGGCCGACCAGCUAAAGAUGCAAGAGCGACAGCAAGAGGAGCAGCUGCAGAGGCAGCGCGCCCUCGAGGCCGAGAAAGCGCGUCAGGCUGAAGAUCAGCUGAAGAAGCAAGAGGAGUCGGUAAAGCGCCAAGAGGCCAUGCGUCGUGCAACUAUUGAGCAUGAAGCUCAGCUCCGACACAAGCACGAAAUGGAGCGCAUCGAAGCCAAAGUGCGCGGAAAGGCACAGGCAGAUCGUGAAAACAGAGAAAUUAACCUGGAGAAACUCCGGGCGAAGGCAGUCGAGGACCGAGCAACCGCCCUGGAAACGAUAGAGAGACGUGGGAAGCUCAUAACAGAAGGCAUAACCAACUUCAUUACAGACUGGGAAAAAGUGUCUGCUACGGUGGCUGGUCUUUCGCUCCUCGCCUUGGGUGUAUACUCCUCUCGGGGAGUUGCGACAGUAGCAACCAGGUUUGCCGAGGCACGCAUAGGCAAGCCGAAGCUAGUGCGCGAAACGUCUCGCCUCACAGUCGGCGCUGCACUGCGCAAUCCGAUCAAGACAGCGCGGAGACUGAUGGACAAACCCGAGGACGUGCUCCAGGGCAUUGUGUUCAAGCCGACACUAGCCACUCAGUUGCGCGACAUCACUGUAGCAACAGCCAAUACUCGUACAAACCGUGGAAUGUACCGGAACUUGUUGUUCUACGGCCCUCCCGGUACCGGAAAGACAUUGUUCGCCAAGAGUCUGGCACGUCGUUGCAAGAUGGAUUACGCCAUCAUGACUGGUGGUGACAUACUGCCUAUGGGCGCCGAAGGUGUCACCGCUAUCCACAAGGUCUUCGACUGGGCUAAGACUAGCCGGCGAGGACUGCUGCUGUUCGUGGAUGAAGCAGAUGCUUUCCUGAAGCACAGGUCAACAGCGAAUGUCAACGAGGACUUGAGAAGUGCUCUCAAUGCCUUCCUGUACCGCACUGGUGAACAGUCUGACAAGUUCAUGCUGGUCCUGGCAACGAACAAGCCUAGCGACUUUGAUCGUGCCAUUGAGGAUCGUAUGGAUGACAUGCUCCACUUUGGCCUGCCCGAUGAACAUGAGCGACAGAAGCUGGUAGAACAGUACUUCGAGCGCUACGUCGUGCGGCCUGUACCGCAGAACUCGCCGUUCGCAUCCAGCGGCAAAAAGAUCAACUUGGAGGGCUUCAAGGACAUCUCUGAGAAGCUGCGUGAAGUGGCUGUCAUGACUGAAGGCUUCUCCGGACGCGAGAUCUCCAAACUGGCCGUUUCCUGGCAGGCAAGUGCGUUUGCUAAUGCCGACUACGCUCUAACACAAGAUGCAUUCGAGGAGCGCACGGUCAAGAUGAUGGAGCAACACGAACAGAAGAAAUCAUGGGUUGACUAGAAUUGACGGAGCGCUGUGAUAAUAAAUUAUGUUGGAAAACCAA